UCCAGUAAACAUGAAAACGGCGUUUCGAAGCGCCAUUUGUGCAACACUCGCAAUUUUCUCCCGCUCUUCCCUAAACCCUACCCACCACUCCCACUCUCCCAUUCUCUUUCACCGCAACCGCCGCGCCGCUCUAUUUCCGGCUAAACCUUCUCUUUUCACUUCUAUGGCAAGCUCCGACGCUCCUCUCUCACCUACCAUCCACGUGCUGGAAAAGCAGUUCGAGGAGUUCCGCCACCAGCUCGAUGAUUCCGGCAGCUUGCGCGACCGUAUUCGCAGCGUGUCUAUCGAAAUUGAGUCCGCCACCAGGCUCAUGCAUUCCAGCCUUAUGCUUGUUCAUCAAUCUCGCCCUUUACCUGAGGUGUUGGAGAAGGCCACGGGGCAGAUUGACGCGCUGAGAGGACUAUUUAGUAAGCUUGCAGAAAUUAUGCGUGAAUGUCCUGGCCAAUAUUAUAGGUACCAUGGCGAUUGGAGGAGUGAAACUCAGGCUGUUGUAUCAGUUCUUGCUUUCAUGCAUUAUUUAGAAACCGAAAGUCUUCUUUUGCAUGCAGAAGCUGAGGAGAAACUUGGGUUAAAUCCGUCAGAGUUUGGCCUCGAUACUGAAGACUAUCUCACUGGUAUCUGUUUUAUGUCCAAUGAUUUGCCUAGGUAUGUGGUAAACCGGGUGACUGCUGGAGACUAUGACUGUCCAAGAAAAGUAUUGGCGUUUUUGACUGAUUUGCAUGCGGCAUUUCGGAUGCUCAACCUCCGGAACGACUUUUUGCGCAAGAAAUUUGAUGGAAUGAAAUAUGACCUUAGAAAGGUUGAAGAAGUUCACUAUGAUGUGAAAAUCAGAGGAUUGGCAACAGAUGCAGAAUCAAAGGGAGAUGGAGAAAAAUCAUGAACUAUAUAUUUCCUUUUGCACGUGGCUUGAUUUCAGCCCUUUUUGUAGUAUGAUUUUCAAUGUUUUCAUCUGCAUGUUCAAAGACCGCAUCCUUGAUGAUUUUAGUUGGCAUUCGAAUUUAAAAGAAGCCGCAUAAGUAUAUUCGUAA